AUGUAUGAUACUAUACGAAUUACUGUAGAAAAAGAUAAGAAGAAUUUGCCCUUUUUUGCGUCAUUUCUGAUCGCUCAGACCUAUUUCCUAUAUCGUGCAGUCUACUUCGGGAUGUAUGAUACUAUACGAAUUACUGUAGAAAAAGAUAAGAAGAAUUUGCCCUUUUUUGCGUCAUUUCUGAUCGCUCAGGGUGUGUCCAUCUUCUCAGCGUACUUGACAUAUCCUUGGGAUACGGUACGGCGAAGAAUGAUGAUCAAAGGAUCGCUGAGCACAAAGCGUGCAUUUGGUGCAGCGAAACGUAUUGUCGUUGAAGAAGGAGUGCGUGGGUUGUUCAAGGGAGCGCUAGCUAACAUUUUCAGGUACGUUGGUUUUAAAUUUUCCAGGUAG